AUGGAUCCGGAGGGUGAGAAGAUUCCGCCCACGGGAUACAACACCUUUGACGAAUGCCCCUUCCCUGCGGAAGUGCUGGAUGAGGUGCGGAAAUCUGGCUUCGUGAAACCCAGCCCGAUCCAGAUGUACUCUUGGCCGCUGGCGGUGCAGGGAAAGGAUAUCAUCGGCAUCGCAACAACUGGUAGCGGAAAGACGGUGGCGUUUCUGUUCCCAGCUUUCAAGUUUAUCAUUGAGACCAAGGCCAAGGCUGAUGAUCCCACGUUGCUUUGCUUGUCACCGACACGCGAGCUGGCAGUGCAAGUUGAGAAUGAGGCUCACAAGUUCGGACGUGAGGCCGGCAUCAUCACCGUUUGCGUGUACGGAGGUGUUGGAAACAAGCGAGAUCAAGGCAGAGACCUGGCGAAGGGCUGCCACGUGCUGGUGGGUACGCCUGGUCGUCUGAAUGAUUUCGUCGAGGGAAAGGAGGUCUCCUUAAGCAAUGUGUCCAAGUUGGUGGUGGACGAAGCCGACCGAAUGCUUGACAUGGGGUUUGAGCCUCAAAUUCGCAAGGCUGUCAAGGAGGUGAAGGAUAAGAUGGAAAGGCAGACUCUUUUCUUCACGGCGACAUGGAAUACCAACGUGCAAAAGAUUGCCGCUGACUUUGUCAACAAGCCCUACCAGGUGAAGAUUGGAAGCACGGAACACUUGAAAGCCUCGGACAACAUCAAGCAAAUCGUCAAGAUUGUCGACCCUGACAAGAAAGUGCGUCAUUUGACCAAGCUCUUCCUGGAGUAUGAUAUCUCCGAAAAAGGUCGCGGAGAGAAUCGCGCAAUGAUUUUCUGCAACACAAAGAAGACCUGCGAGCAGCUAGAGGAUGGAUUGAAUCGAGCAAGGGUGCGUUGUGAUUCAAUCCACGGUGACAAGGAGCAAAGGGAGCGUGAGAAGGCUCUCAACGAUCUUCGGGAUGGCUACACAAAGAUCAUCUGUGCAACAGAUGUGGCUGCGCGUGGUCUGGACGUCAAGGGCGUGACCUUGGUCGUGAACUAUGACCCACCCAAGAAUGCAGAGGACUACGUGCACAGGAUUGGCAGAACUGGACGUGCUGGACAUUCAGGUACUGCGGUAACUUUCCUGACGGACCGCGACGAUUUCCAAGCCCGCCAAAUACGUACCGUCAUGCUCCGCAACAAUCAGGAAGUCCCGCGAGAGCUCCAAGCCCUUGUGGAUGGCACUCUCCCACGCCGGCGGCGCAGCCGCUCCAGGCGUCGUAGCAGAUCGAGGCGGCGCAGCCCUCGUCGCCGCAGCAGGUCAAAGCGCCGCAGCCCGAGGCGGAGCCGAGACCGGCGGAGUCGAGAUCGACGCAGCCGAGACCGCCGAAGCCAGCAUCGGAGCCGAGAUCGACGCAGCCGAGAUCGUCGAAGCCGCGAACGACCUCGCAAGAGAAGUGAACCAAGAGAUGCAAAAUCGCAGUCGCCAGACCGGCCGGCAAGAGGUGCCUCUAAUAACUUUGGGGACAGCGCCCCAGCUUCCGACCCAAGUCCUCAGGGCUGGACUCCUCCGCAGACGGCUCAAUACCCCUCUCAGGCGUAUCCAACACCAGCCCAUCCUAACCAUUAUCCUGAGACCACUGCCAUGCAACCAUACCCAGGACAAGUACCGGCACAGGCAGCAGCCCCCGCCCAGCCCCAGUACAGCUGGUUGAAAACACCAGAACCAGCAGCACCCCUCAAUCCAGCCCCCCAGUUCACGACACCUGCUGCGCACUAUGCACCUGCAACUGGGUAUGCUGCCCAUGUUCCGCAGUGGGGUGCUCCACCACAGGCUGCCCCGCAAGUGGUUCCUCCACCCCAGCAUUAUGGAGCAGCACCCCAGCCCGCAAGGCAGUACAGCUGGCUCCAGUAG